GUGCGUGCAGAGCAUGUGGAUUGACUGUCUCAUUGUCUGUGAAGUGGGAGUACUUUUGAAACUUUUAUGGCUACAUCUUACAUUAUUAUUAUAUAAUGCAAUUUCUUUCAACCAUCUACACCAGCAGUCGAUGUGUCUGCGAAUGACUUUAUUCGAAGGCAUUGAUAACACCUCGCUUUCCUGUAUGAAGUUUUAAAAUGUAAUUCUAGAGUUUCCUCUUAGUAAGGCCACUGAACGCAGACACUUAUACUUGGCACGUCCACCCACAUCACUCUUCUUAUUUGAUGAUCUGUUUGAAUCUCUUCAAAGAUAUACUCCCCCUGCAUGCUGCAUGCCUUUGCUUGGACCUGUGUCAUGCCGAGUGAGGUGAAGUCUAGAUUCCUGCUUCUCUACGGAUCGCAGCGUGGACAAGCACAAUCUAUUGCCGAAGAAAUUGCUGAUCAGGCAGCCGAGCAUGGAUUAGUAGCUGACUUGUUUUGUUUGACUAACAAGGAGAAGUAUAACUUGGAGAAGGAAACGGUUCCUGUAGUUUUUGUUGUUUCUACAACUGGAGAUGGGGAGCCCCCUGACACUGCCUUGUCAUUUGUGAAGACGAUUAAGGAAAAGACUCUCCCCCGAAACCACUUUGCUCGCCUUAACUAUGCAGUCUUAGGUUUGGGAGACACAAAUUAUGCAAACUUCUGUAACUGUGGGAAGACCAUCGAUGGCCGUCUGCAGGAACUAGGGGCGAAACAUUUCUACUCCACAGGACAUGCAGAUGAUGGUGUUGGGCUUGAAAUAGUGGUGGAUCCAUGGAUUGAAGGAGUUUGGGAGGCAUUAAAAAAGACUGUAGCAGAGAUGGCCACACAAGGACAACAGGACACUGAUUCCGGCAGGAGUUUGCACAACACUGACCUUAGCGCUGCCAGCCAGGAGAGUACAGGAGUCUCUGGAUUGGAUGUGAGUUUAGGCUUGCUAAAGCUAAAGGACUCACCAGCCGAAGCAUCGGAACUGCCAAAGUCCACUUCUGAGGUGGAGACUAGAGGGACUCAACCCGCUCCUCUUGAGGCAUCGUUGACCCAGUCGCUGCUCCCGCUGUCAGAAUCAGCACUGAACGUUCCCGCUCUUCCCCCUCCAUUUCUGAGAGUCUCUCUGGAGGAUGCACCUGCCCAGGAGCUGUCUGGCCCAGUGCUUCAGGAACACCAUCAAGAAGUGUCCAUAUCAAAGGCAGUGCAGCUUACUCGGGAUGAUUCAGUCAAAACAGCCAUCAUGCUAGAGCUGGACAUUUCAGGAAAGGACAUACCCUAUCACCCAGGAGACUCCUUCGAUGUCUUGUGCCCCAACAACUCCAGCGAGGUGCAGAGGAUUCUCCAGAGAUUGAGGCUGGAACAGCAGAGCCAUCACCACGUUCAGCUGGAGCUGAAGAAAGACACCAAGAAGAAAGCUGCUCAGCUUCCCGGACAUGUUCCAGAGGGGUGCACAUUGCUGUAUCUUCUCACCUGGUGUUUGGAGAUAAGAAGUGUUCCAAAGAAGGCCUUCCUGAGGGCCCUGGUGGAGUGCACAGAGGCUGCCCCAGAGAAGAGGCGUCUGCAGGAGCUGUGCAGCAAGCAGGGCUCCAGCGACUACAACCGCUUCAUCAGGGAUACCAGCGUCUGCCUGCUGGACCUCCUGCUCGCCUUCCCAUCAUGCAACCCGCCUCUGAGUCUACUCGUAGAGCACUUGCCAAAGCUGCAGCCAAGGUCCUACUCCGCAGCCAGCUCCAGUCAGAGACAUCCAGGCAAACUGCACUUUGUGUUCAACAUCGUGGAGUUCCCAGCAUGCCCUGAGAGGCCGGCGGCCAGGAGAGGGUUGUGCACGGGCUGGCUGUCCGACCUGGUCUCUCCCGUUCUCCAGCCCUGUGGCACGGCACAGGGUCCAUUAGCGAUUAUCGGUGGGGCUGCUGCACUGCCUAAGGUACACGUGGGUCUGCGCACAGGUAGCUCUUUCCGCUUGCCCUCUGACCCCACGCUGCCUGUGGUGAUGGUGGGUCCUGGCACAGGGGUGGCCCCCUUCAUCGGCUUCCUCCAGCAACGGUACAGUCUGACCUCUACACUGACACACACACACACACACACACACACACACACACACUGACCUCCACACUGACAC